UCCAGACCCAGGCAGGCCAUUGAGGGGAUCGUUUGUGGGGACAGACCCCUCUCUAGGAGGACUGAUCAGAUUCCGCUGUGAUGAUCCUGAGUUGGAGAUUGUGGGGCACGAACAGCUGGAGUGUGUUUUAACCCAAGAUAAUGCAUCUUUAGUUUGGAACAGUUCGGUUCCUGCCUGUAAUGAUGUUACCAGACCAACCAUUUCAGGAUGUCCUGAGGGGACUGUGAGUGUGGAUAAGUACGCAUCGCCUAUGUUUCUCCUCCCUGUAGCCAACGACAAUUUAGCAUUGUCUAACUUUACAGUGACACCUUCAAACUUUGACCCCUCUGACCCGGUACUGGAUAAUCUAACCGUGGUCUACACUGCUACAGACAUCGCCGGUAACACAGCAGAAUGUAGGAUUGCCAUCGUUGUAUCGGAUGAGAGUUUACCAAAGAUUCAUUGUCCUGAUUCAUUCACCGCUUAUCUAAUGGACCAACCCUACACUAUCAUCAUUUCAUCCGCAAAUUUCUCCGUAUUUCCUUCAUCCGCAACAUUGGACUUUGGACCAGAUCAAGUGCAGGUAUCGGCAGAAACCUUGGACAAAGAUUUUACCAUAUAUGGCAACAUCACAGAUACGAAGGGAAACUUUGAUACGUGCUGGUUCCAAGUGAAAAUAAAGGCCACCUGCAAUCCUGCUACGUUGACCAUUCCAACAAAUGGUCAGUUAAACUGUAGUGUGACAUUGGACAAUGCCGGGUAUAGGUGUGAAGGAGAAUGCAACCAAGGCUAUUACUUUUACGAAGACUACAGUCCAGCCUACGAUGUUUUCAUCACGGAAUGUGAUAUAGGGGGAAACUGGACAUACCCUUACAUCCCCUCCUGUGUGUCGUCUUUGCCAACAUCCUUCAAACAAGUCCACGAGCUGGUCUAUCAGCCUCUCAGCAAUGGCAGUGCCCUGUCUGUAGACUGUCUCAAUCUAUACCUCACCAGCAUCCAGCAGGCCUACCCCACAGUGUCGGACAGGGUGACCGAUGUAUGUGGCUUUCUCGGAGAGGUCAGUACUGUCACCAUCACUGGUGGUCAGUUUACCGACAUCGUUAACAACACGUUUACCGGCACUUUCACGCUCGAGUUUGAUCCGUCGACUGUAGAUGCUUCUCACGACUGUGUACAAGCUACUGCUUGGAUAUUUACAAAAACCACGUCAGUUAUAGAGGAAAUGAAGAACAUCCUUGGAAUUACUGACUGCGUUAACAUUACCGCUGAUUAUCUGGCACUAGUCACCAACGAACAGAUGUGUGACAACAACGUUAAAACACGGGACCAAUCAGGAACAAGGGUUUGCUUGGUGUGUCCCCCAGGAACCUUAAAAAAUGAGGACAAUAGUUGUGAAUUAUGUCCCCUUGGAACAUUCAAUGACAGAGAGGGGAUGACAUCUUGCAGCGGCUGUCCACUUGGAACAUGGACAGAGAAGGCUGGCGCCUCAAACUCUUCCGAUUGUAAAGAUGUGUGUAGAAAUGGUUUAUACUCCAACACCAGGCUACCACCUUGUGGUCAGUGUCCGGAAAACUCAUACCCUGUGUCCAGUCAUGCAUGUCUGGCCUGCCCCACGGGCACAAAAUACAUAGGAACCGCAGCCUACUUGACUAGAAACUGUCUCCAAGAACCCUGUAGGUACACAAUGACUCCAAAUAUGAUUGACAGCGUGGAUGGCCCGACCUAUUCGGGCACUUUAGAUCAGUGCGAGCAGUUCUGUGAGGAACUGGAAGGAAUGACCACUGUCCGAUGUACGGGCUUCUCAUAUCACAGCUUGCUCCAGCAGUGUACUCUCCACCACGGAGAUGUGGUCAGUCUAAAGGCUAACACCACGUUUGACCACUACAGCCGGACUUGCAAUAGGCUCAGUGACAGUGGUGAGUACGGAGUGUGCUAUAAUCGCGGUGGUCUAGGUGACAACACGUAA